AUGCAGCAGGAAAGCCCACGUUAUGUGAUUGACAGGCCGGCAUAUAACCUCCCUGACUUUGACAGAGAAUUUGACAAAAAGAGUCGACAGUUCCCCGUUGGAGAAAAAGUGAAGAAACUCUUCAGAUGUUCUGUACCCAGGCUCAAAGGCUUGCUACUUAAACAUCUGCCAGUCCUAAGCUGGCUUCCCAAGUACAAAGUAAAAGAAAACCUGCUGUGUGAUGUCAUCAGUGGGGUCAGCGCCGGCACCAUUCAGGUUCCCCAAGGCAUGGCUUUUGCCCUCCUUGCAAAUCUUCCUCCUGUCAAUGGUCUCUAUUCCUCUUUCUUCCCCCUCAUCCCAUAUUUCUUCAUGGGCACUGCUCACCAGAUGGUCCCAGGUACUUUUGCUGUUCUCAGCAUUAUGGUGGGAAUCGUGUGUCUUAGGCUAGCCCCUGAGUCGGAUUUCAGUCAUUUCAAUGCCACUCUUAAUGCCACAGUAGUGGACACUGACAAGAUGAAUGAAGUUCGUCUGGCUAUAUCUGGUACUCUGGCCUGUCUUACUGCAAUCAUACAGAUUGGUCUUGGCUUCAUGCAGUUUGGGUUUGUAGCCAUCUAUCUGUCCGAAUCGUUUGUCAGAGGCUUCAUGACUGCUGCAGGACUGCAAAUCUUAAUUUCAGUGCUCAAGUACAUCUUUGGCAUCACAGUGCCAUCUUACAGUGGUCCGCUGGCUGUUAUAUAUACUCUCAAGGAUAUAAUAUUGGGCCUUCCUGAUACCAAUAUAGCCUCCUUAGUCUUUGCUUUGGUCAGCAGUGCAGUUUUGAUUGUGGUGAAAGAACUAGGUUUCCACUUUCGUCAUAAACUUCCUUUCCCUAUUCCUAUUGAGAUCAUCGUCGUGGUGGUGGCCACAGCCAUCUCAGGUCCGCUGCAUCUUCCUGAGAUCUACCACAUGGACAUUGUGGGCAAUAUUCCUCUGGGAUUUCCUGCACCAAUCCUCCCAACAGUGAGUCAGUGGGAAGACAUGUUGAGCACAGCUUUCUCUCUGGCUAUUGUCGGAUACGUCAUCAACUUAGCAAUGGGCAGGACACUGGCAGCUAAGCAUGGCUAUGAUGUGAAUCCCAACCAGGAAAUGUUGGCUCUAGGCUGCAGCAAUUUCCUUGGGUCUUUCUUUAAGAUCCAUGUGAUCUGCUGUGCUCUGUCUGUAACGCUGGCUGUUGACAGUGCUGGAGGAACCUCACAAUUUGCCAGUCUGUGUGUAAUGCUAGUAGUAAUGGUCACCAUGCUCGCCCUGGGAAUCUAUCUAAAGCCACUCCCAAAAUCAGUGCUUGGAGCGUUGAUUGCAGUAAACCUGAAGAACACACUCCUACAGCUCUCUGAUCCCUUUUACCUAUGGAAGAAGAGCAAACUGGACUGUUGUGUGUGGGUUGUGUCAUUCUUGGCCACAUUCUUUCUAAGCUUGCCUUAUGGUGUUGCUAUUGGAGUGAGUUUUUCCAUCCUGGUAGUUAUAUUCAAGACACAGUUUCGCAAUGGUUCAACAAUUGUUCAAAUUAAGGAUACAGAUAUCUACAGAAAUCCAAAGAUGUACAGCAAGGUCAUGUCAGUAACAGGUGUGAAAAUAGUAAACUAUUGCUCACCAAUCUACUUUGCAAAUGUGGAAAUAUUUCGCCAGAGAGUCAUCAAAAAGACUGGGCUGGACCCUGGCAAACUUAUCCUGGCCAGGCAGAAGUUCUUGGACAAAGAACAGAAGGAAAAAGUGAAACAAGAUAAGGACAAAACGUCAAGAAGGCGGAAACCCAGCUCUUUGGUUAACAUGAAAGCUCAGACCAUAUCUCAGCUUGAACUGCAAAAUGACUUUGAUAUGAACGAUGGCAGUGCCAACAAUGUUGAACUUCCUACAAGCUAUGUCAACUUCCACUGUAAUGACAUUGAACUGGGUGAGCAGUUGCCUGACCAAGAGCCAUCCAGUCCCCCUGUUCUCACCCUGGAGUCUCAGCCAGUGCCCUUCCACACCCUAAUCCUCGACCUGGCGGGGGUCUGCUUCAUAGACCUGAUGGGCAUAAAAGCAUUGAUAAAGAUGAACUCGGGCUACACGAUGCUGGGCAUUAAACUGUACCUGGCUAACGUUCAAGCCCAGGUGUAUGAAGAACUGGAGGCCGGGGGAGCUUUUGAAGAUGGCAAUAUUGCCCGCAGUAAUCUCUUUCUUUCUGUUCAUGAUGCCAUUCUGUUUGCUCAGCAGACCUCUGGAGAGAGGGAAGUCUACUCAAAGGCCCAGGGAGCAAAACAGGGACUUGAUUUUAACAUUAAUGAGGAGAAGGAUCUGGAACAGGAAAUGUUUUGA